AUGCGCAGUCUCAUCGUUAGCAAGAACAAGGGGGAACACGAGGACGGAAACGAAUCCAUCGUAGACGGGAUGAGGCCUGAGGCCGACAUCGAGGCUGGAGCAGUGCUCGAGGUCGGCAAGCAGCGGGGACAGGAGGAAGUGCUUCGUGGGCCGAGCGGACGGGGAGCACAGCAUGUGGACAGCAUAGCAUCCGGUAAAGUCGACAUCUGGCCCGGAUUGCAUAGAUCUCCCCCUGUAAUACCUGUACACUUAACUCCUGUCUACCCUACACGACACGUCUCCAUGGCCGCUACUUCCCAGCCUAUUGCCUUCUCCGUCGCGGAUAAUUCUUCAGACAUAUACAUGACCUCCGGCUCAUACCGCAGUCGUAAUGGAUCAAUCUCUGCCUCCUACUACAUGGGCUCCCCCACAUCGUGGCGCGCUGGCUCCUUUGGAAGCCGUUUCUACCCUGGUUGCUCUCCUGGCCAGUUGCUUGGUCCACUUGAUCCCAGCGAGUUCAAGUGCGCGAAGAUGUCGUCCUCACUCGAGAGCGAUUCCGGCCUUAUGAGCGUUCUCGGUGCCCCUGAACGCGAGGAUGAAUUCUGCAAGAACUACUCUUGCUGUGGGCUCCAGAUCGAUGACCUCCAUGGGCUUUUACAGCACGUCGAGGAGAUUCAUGGUUCGGCUACCGACGUAUUCGGCAACCCGCAGCCCAUUGUAUCUGUUUGCCCCACUCCUAUCCGCACCCAGUCCUCCUACUUCCCCGACACGCCUCUGCAGACCUCUUCUCAUGGCUCGUUUGAUCCUGAUGACAUGGACCUCGAUGAUGAAGACCAAAGCAGCACACCCUCUUCUAGUAACGGACCCACGCCGCCAGAUACUCCUAUAUCCACUCCGCUGUUGUCGCAUCCUAUCAACUCCUUUAAUCAUUAUGUGUCGUCUAAACUGAGCGACGCGCACAUACCCGUGUCUCCCUUCGCGUUCCCAUCAUCCCGCUCCACGCCACCCAUUGGUUCUAUAACGCCCGAGGCAUUCAACGGAUACGCAGGAUACACGGACUAUUCGUCAUCGAUGCCCGGCACCGUUCCUUCGCCCCGUGCUUCGGAGGAGCCCUCGCAGCCUGCCAGCCCAGUGAGCGAUCCUGGUAGCCCGUACGGCUGCCUGCCCCCCUCGCUCGUGUUCUCGGCUACUACCACACCUGCCAACACUCCUGCCCACUCUCGCGUCCCAUCCCCAUCAAGCGCGACGCGCGCUUCAGUGCCUGCGACCGUGGGUGUGCAAGCUUCCACGUCCUCGGACUCCGCCGCCGGACCCAGUGUUGUCGCUAAAGCUUCCGGAUCCAGUAGCUCGGCUCAAUCAAGCGCUCGCGCGAGCACCACUCUCUCCCGCCCCUCGUCGUCCUUGCUCCUAUCAAAGCCAUUCCGCUGCCCCAAGCUUAACUGCAACAAGAGCUACAAGCAAGCCAACGGCCUCAAGUAUCACCUCACGCACGGUAGCUGCAACUUUGCCCCACCCAAGGACCUUGAGCAGGUGCAGGCCCUCCUCGCCAGCAAACGUUCCCAGCGCGAGGCUGCCGGCGAGCAGAACGCCCAGAUCACCGAGGGCGAGAUGCGUGAGGUCGAGCGAGAAGCCGAGCGCCGGCUCCGGCCGUUUGCGUGCGGUAUCAGCGACUGCCAGAGGCGGUACAAGAACAUGAACGGUUUGCGGUACCACUAUCAGCACUCGGGUGACCACGGCUCUAUCGGACUCAGCCUCCUCUCCAGCGGCCAGCACGAAUGCCUGCAGCACGCGCACAGCAAAAGUGCUGCCUCAUCACGACACUCGACACCGCUCGCCAGUGGGGCCUCAACCCCCGUUGGUGGUGCCUCGACCCCCACGUACGCGCAGCAGUAUCAGCAACAGAUGCUCUUCCAGUCGGCGCAGCAGCAGCAGUACAUGCGGACGAUGCAGGUACAGAUGCAGGCCGCCUAUCCCUCACCGGCGCCCUCGCCCGAUGGGUCUUCUGCAUGAUAACGCAACACGCACUGGGACGUCUCGAGGCGAAGACCAAAAGUAAACCAACCUAAACAUAUUAUCUAACAUCUAUUCGCCUGCGCCCCCACCAUCGUACUACCAUCUCCGGCGACCUCGGAUAAUACUUGACAUCGUUUGUCUGUCGGUUUUCCGGUUUCGGUUUCUAUUUGUUUCCUCCUCUUUUGCUCUUACUUCUCGACCUCCUACAUUUCCCAGGUCGACUCACGAUAUCAUCUAUCCUCACGAAACAACAAAACACAUCAUAUCAUCGCUUGCUUGCUUUCGACUUCUUUCCGUCUCAUCUCUUGCUCUGCUCAAUCCCAUCUCAACCCCCUUUACAUAACCACAACAACAACCCAAUCAUCUAUCGUCGCAAUUACCGGCUCUUUCCGUGGAGGCAUAUAAUCUAUUCUAACUGUGUUGCGCGUCGGCGUGCGUCCCCAUGCGUCGUGCGUGGUCUGGCACCGCCGCGCGCGUGUUUGUAAUAUUUGUACGUAUCCUCGUCGGACGCGGUGUACGUGCAUCCUCCUCGGCUUUCCUGCUUUCCUCUUUCCUCUCUCGUCCUCGUUCCUCAUUUAUGAUCCUCUCACGUCUACUUUCUAUCCUAUAUAACACGCAACGCAGCUGUCGCAUGUACGCGUACGUACUCAACUUACGCUUAACCCCUCUGACUCCGGCUCAGACACCCUCGGCAGCGACUCGUUUAUUCGGGCUUGCAGCCGGGGUGUCGAGCGGGCGUCGUCCACUCGCUUGAUCUGUCACGUCAUAUAUAACGC